AUGUUACUCGCCUAUAUCGACAUAAUAGGUCGAAAACUGAGAGCGGUUACAGCCACCAUUGAACAAAUUGAGAAGGAGUAUGCCAAAGAUUUCCUACCACGUUUGCAUGGCAUUGGUCUGUGUGUUGUUAAUCUAAUGGAUGAUAUGCACGAAUAUGUCCGAGGACUAUUUUUCCUAAUGUAUUGUGCACCCACCGUAUUAUUAUCAUAUCUCUAUAUAAGGACCUCGCAAGAAUUGCGGCCACCUGAAGAACCAUUAGCUGUAAUGUUGUAUGAACAUCGAGCGGAUAUACGCAUGAGACAGCGCAAUUCAUCGGCAUCAUCUGUCGAGCGUUCCUAUAGUGGAGCAACCACAGCCACAAUAGGUGGUGGCGGUGGCGGCGGUUUAAAUGGUAACAGUCAUCACAGUACUGUCUAUAGUGGCCCAUAUUCCACAGGCACCGCCACACGCUCCUAUGACCUCUACAGCGCUGAAUGGGAUGUUAAUCGAGAGAAACGAAAUCAACGUAAUUUUGGCAGUAUGGCUGCUGCCCAGGUGGUCUGUCUGUGUCCGUUGAUGAUUUUACGCUUCGCCCGUCUCUCCAUGGAGGAGACCUAUGAAAAUCAAAAACAUUUUGACUUUACCUAUUUAAUGUUUGUGUGGAUCGCCUUUCUGCCAACGGUCAUCUUUCCGUGCAUCUAUGCCUCGCAGAUAUUACCAAGAGAGGAACAAGAACGUUUACGUGGUUACUUCCGUCUAUCUACCAAACGCUUUCGUGGAGGUCGCAAUGGCCGUGGUGGUGGCGCUGGUAAUCCCGGUGACAUUGCUGGUCGUUAUAGUGAUGCUAAUACACCCAGUUCCCGAGACAAUUCAAUUGAAAAAGAUGAAAAUACCAAUACCACCCAGGCAACCACAUCUAUCAUCCUGAAUGGCGAGCCUUAUGUGAGUGGUCUGUGUGGUACGGGGCAGAAUGUUUUAGGUUCUGCCACUGGAGAAGCCAUGCCAUCCCAAAAGCAGGAAAACAUUAAAACAGCAGUCAAUGGAAAAUAUCAACAUCAGAGUUCGCUUAACAAAGAGUCGGGAGUGGGAGCACCACCACCUCUAACCAAUCGGAUACCACCCCCUAGGCAUCGUAACAAGGACGGUAAAUCCUUAAAGCAUUCCGAUGGCACUUUGAAUAAUGACAUCGGCAUUGGGGUACAUGAUUCCAAGAAAUAUAAACGCUCCAAGGAGUCGGGGGGACAUGCCAGUGAUGUACGCAUCAAUGUUAUAUCGGAUGGCAAGACCAAGUCAUCAUCAGCAUCUGCGGCCAACAGGAGGGGAGGUUCAAUUGCGAGUGUCGGCAGCAAUGGCCCUACUGGUUUAGCAGGUCAACGCAAAUUGACUUUGGAAUCCUUGGAUAAUCGUUCGUGUUCCAACAUCACCGCCUCCACGUACUGCAAUGGCAACAGCAGCCUGGGCGAUGAUGGGGAU